AUGCAGGUGCCUCACGGAAGGCGAAUUGGUCAGCAUUUACCAGUUUCAAAUCAUGGGAACUUUUAAACUUUUCGAGCAAUCCUUUCAAAUAAUCCGUUAACUGUGGCCGCAUCUCAUAUGACAACAGUUAUCUGGAUAAAGAUCACAGAUCAACGCAAGUGGGAAACUGCAAUCUGAUUUCAGAAAGGAACAGCCGAAACGCCUCCGCCCAGAGCAGCGUGAAUAUCCCUGAGUUCGAACGAACGUGGGACGCUCGUUCACAGCAGCAUUUUUGCUUGUGAAGAUGGCGGCCCCUAUUGUAGCCAGCCGGGCUGGAUCCGCCAAUAGCGUCGGGAACAGCCCGACUGCAACACCUAACAACCCAAAUAAUAAUAACAAAAUCAUCCCCAGUUAUCCCGAACUCGAUUUCAGGUCUGGCGCGAGGAUUGAGGAGCUGAACAAGCUGAUCCAGGAAUUCAGCAAACACGAUCAACGCGAAUAUGACGACCAAAGAGCCUUGGAAAUCCACACCGCUAAGGACUUCAUCUUCUCUAUGCUUGGCAUGGUGCAGAAGCUGGACCAGAAACUCCCCGUGGCAAAUGAGUACCUCCUGCUGUCAGGCGGGGUGCGGGAAGGGGUGGUGGACAUGGACCUGGAUGAGCUCAACGUGUACGCCAGGGGAACGGACUUCGACCUGGACUUCACACUGCUGGUCCCUGCGCUCAAGCUGCACGACCGCAACCAGCCGGUCACUCUGGACAUGCGGCACUCCGCCCUCUGCCACUCGUGGCUCAGCCUGCGCCUCUUCGACGAGGGCACCAUCAACAAGUGGAAGGACUGCUGCACCAUCGUCGACCACAUCAACGGCGCCACCAAUUACUUCUUCUCCCCGACGCUGGUGGCGGACUGGUUCUACGAGUCCAUCAGCGUGGUGCUGCAGGAGGUGCAGAAGAAGCCGCAGCGCGGGAUGCCCAAGGUGGAGAAGGUGGAGAAGAACGGCACCAUCAUCUCCAUCAUCCUGGGAGUGGGCAGCAGCCGCAUGCUGUACGACAUCGUGCCCGUGGUGUCCUUCAAGGGCUGGCCGGCCGUGGCGCAGAGCUGGCUGAUGGAGAACCACUUCUGGGACGGCAAGAUCACGGAGGAGGAGGUGAUCAGCGGCUUCUACCUGCUGCCGGCCUGUUCCUGCACGGGCAGGAAGGAGAACGAGUGGCGCCUGUCGUUCGCCCGCAGCGAGGUGCAGCUGAAGAAGUGCAUCUCCAGCAGCCUGAUGCAGGCCUACCAGGCCUGCAAGGCCCUCAUCAUCAAACUGCUGUCCAGGCCCAAAGCCAUCAGCCCCUACCACCUGCGCAGCAUGAUGCUGUGGUCAUGUGACAGACUCCCAGCCAAUUAUCUGUCUCAGGAUGACUUCUCUGCCCACUUCCUGCUGGGCCUCAUUGAUGACUUGCAGCACUGCCUGGUUAACAAGAUGUGCCCCAACUACUUCAUCCCACAGUGCAACAUGCUUGAGCACCUGUCGGAUGAGAUGGCGAUGUUGCACGCGCGCAAGCUCUCCUCGGUCCGGUCCGACCCAGCCGAGCACCUGCGCACUGCAAUUGAGCAUGCCAAGGCUGCUAACCGGCUGACCCUGGACAUGCAGCGGCGUGGCAGCGCGGCCAGCCUCCCCUCCCCGCAGUCUGACCUGGGGGACCACCAACCGGACGACCGGCUCGCCAAGAAGCUGCAGCAGCUGGUCACAGAGAAUCCAGGGAAGUCCAUUUCCGUGUUCAUCAACCCUGACGAUGUCACACGACCGCACUUCCGCAUUGAUGACAAGUUCUUCUGAGAAGCAGCCUUCCCCCCCGUUGCCUCCCCCA